AUAUAUUCCCUUCACACCACAGCCAUCUCCCCCAUCCGCACCCCUUCCAUCCACCACCCUUCAUUCUAUGGCCCCUACCGUAUCACCUCUCGACCCUGGCGAGACCUCACCAUGUCCAACAAAUUCCGUUCCCAACAGCGCAAGAAGAACGCCCGAUCCAUCGCCUCCGAGGACCCCUGGAAGGUCGACACGCCCUUCGGACCACCCCGCAUCCCCCAUUUCCCAGGCCGAGGAAUCCGACGCAUACGCAAUACCCUUCAGAAAUUAUCAUCCUCGGCACGUGCGGAAAAGGAACUUCUCAAGCAAAAGAAUCGCUACAAGAUCCCCUUGACCGAGCGGAAUGUCGACGCGCUUCUCACGGAGCAGCGGUUCACCGACGCUUGCUAUCCGGGCAAACACAGCCGAGAGUUGCAGAUCUCUGCAUGGUUGGAGCGACUGUCCUACUGAUACGCACCAUCCUUACUUCACCCCGCGGAGAUAUUUUUUGGGAAGAGACCGACUUUCAUUCUUCGCCCACGUACAUCCCCCC